AUGACUGGUAUGAUCCGGAGGUGCAAUCAAUACACCGAGGAUGUGUGGGAUGGAAUUCCUGCCCUCGAGAACUUCAACGUUGAAGCCGCAAUCUUCCGAAGUCUGGUCAUGCACGCUAAAUGUGGUUCGAACCGAAGCCGCAAAUCCUCAUCCUCGAAAGGCGUGCCCUGGGACAUUGUGGCAACUGCCCUGGAAAUCGCUCGCACUCUGGAGAUUGAGUGUGGGACACACCAGCUAGACAUGAUGAAUGCUUUGGAGACGGCACUGACGACAAGAUGCGGAUUGAGCCGGACAGCUUGUUCGCAUUCGCUGUCCGUUACGGUCUGCGGCUCUAUGUCCGAGCAAGACUCCGGAAUGGAGGCUGUCAAUCUCUUCACAAACAGGGUCGACCGCUUCUUAAUUAUGCCUGCGCGCCAACAGCAGCUCCUGUGUGGGUAA